CGUAACCUUGCACAAUCUUCAGGUAUCAGACGACAUUGAAGGCUCCCAGCACAACAACAUCCAGCAAAGGACACAACCGGGCCAGUAACCCAAGAUGAGUGCCUCAUGGACCUCCAGUUGGGGGCUGAGAUCACUUUCUUCGGCCUUGCCACGAGUAUCGCAGCCAUGCCGCUCAUUAAAACUUACCCAACCGACAUCGAGACAUGUUUCGACCCCCAACAUAGCUUCAUUCAACCGACAAGUCGCCCUUGAUGCGGAAAACACAGCCCUUAAGAGAUUAAUAACCCGGCGGUGGCAGGUUGGCGAUGUCUAUGCGCCUCACGACCUAAGUCCCGCAGAGACUCGCAAAUGGGCUAGGAGAAAUGCCCCGUCUUACGAUCCUUUUGACAAGUUGAACAUCAACCCUCUUUCUCUCUACAAGAACUUCACCGUCAUGUCAGACUUAAUGACAACCGCUGGUCGAAUCCUACACUCAAAGCGAACUGGCUUACGGCCUGUGAAUCAGCGGAAGAUCGCCAAAGCGAUCCGAAGGGCGAUCGCUCUUGGUCUUAUGCCCUCGACCCAUCAACAUCCACAAUAUCUGGUACGCACGGCGAGAAACAACGUGAUGAACGGACCGACAGAUGCACGACCAUACAGAAGGUGAUGCGUUUGUGUGUUGAUCUGGAUUGCCCGGUUGUAAAAAAGGAACGAAGUGUAUAUUUUUGACUGCAUGGCACUCGGUCCAAACGGGGUAUUAGCUGUUGUAGAAUAAGGGCAUUGAUUUGAUGGCUUUUCUCCUUUCAAUGAGGAAGGGACCAGUUACACGGGUGGUGAAAUCCAAAGCGUAGACUUGACACUCAAGUUGCUUGAUCAUGGAGGACCAGUCCCUAGGCAUACAGGCAUGCCUGGUUAGGCGCCUUGGAUAAAGAUAGACUUACCUAAAGUUCCCUAACAAUAAUGGAGAAAGCCUUGUGUGGGGCCGAAAAGGUCAUCAUUACGCAUUUGUAGGCA